AUGACCAAGACAGUUGUUGAAGCAAAAAUUCUAAUUGAGAACCUAGCUUCAAGCGACAGUAACAAUUUCAUUGGACAUGAGAGAGCUGUCAAAGCUAUAAACUUUGAUCCUUACCGAGAAGAGUAUGGCGAGAUCAAAGCAAUGAUGGUUGCAAUUAUGAGGAACCAAGAAAAGGGAAUGAUGAGACAAAGAGAAACCUAUAAGGUUGGACCUACUGAUGUCCAGAACUACUUUGGAGAUUUUGUUCCUAAUCUACAGGAGGAAGUGAAUUUCAUCGGCGUAGAUGGAGUAGCAAGAGAAUUGGGAUGA